AUGUUUUGGGAUGAAUUUGAGAAUUAUCGUCCUCUUCCUUGCUGUAAAUGCUUGUUUGCCUGUUCCUGUGGUGUUGUUGAUUCUACUAAAACCUACCGUGAACAAGACUAUGUGAUUAGGUUCUUGAAAGGAUUGAAUGAGCGGUAUGCACAUUCGAAAUCCCAGAUAAUGAUGAAGAAUCCUCUGCCUAAUAUUGAUAGGGUCUUUUCAUUGAUUAUUCAACAAGAAUCUGAAUUGAAUUCAUCCAUUCCCAUAGAAUCUAUCGAUUCAACAGCUACAACAUUACUUGCUAAUGAUCAAGGCCUUUCUAAUGGCAAGGGAUAUCAAUUCAACAAAGGGAAAAAGUUUCAUCCUCUAAAAGGCGCAAAUUGA